AUGAUAAGUAGUUAACUGCCACUCAUGGCUUCUAUUGUGAGAAGAUAGUUUUUUCUCUCUCCAAGUUCAUGGAUUCUUCAAACUCCAAUGGAGCAUCACAGAGGCUCCUGGACUUGGCUCAACGGCUCCGCCUGUACAAACCCCCACCAUUCCCUGAAGACAUCUUGGAUCAGAUCAUGGAAGAGAAGGGAGAUAAGGUUGUCUCAGAAGUGAGUUACACGAAAUCAGCCACCCCAAUUGCUCAAAACACAGCAAAAAUCGGAUACAAGAGAGCUGCUGUUUUGAUCUGCAUCUUUGAAGGGGAUGCUGGGGAUCUGAGAGUGAUACUCACUAAGCGCUCUUCCAAGCUUUCCACUUACUCUGGUCAAGUGGCCUUGCCUGGUGGGAAAGCGGAGGAGGGGGAUAAGGAUGAUGGGGACACUGCAAAAAGAGAGGCAAUGGAGGAAAUUGGGUUGGAUCCUGAACUUGUCGAUGUUGUUACUGUUCUUGAACCAUUUUUCUCUAAGUACCUCAUGAGAGUGGUUCCUGUCAUUGGCAUUCUUCAUGACAAAAAAGCGUUCAAACCUGUUCUGAAUCCUGCUGAAGUAGAAGCUGUAUUUGAUGCACCUUUAGAAAUGUUUCUUAAGGAUGAAAAAAGGAGUCAAAAGAAGAUGCAGUGCAUGGGAGAGAAUUAUCUGAUACAUUUGUUUGACUAUGAAAUCGAACAUAAAAAAUUCCUUAUAUGGGGUUUGACUGCUGGGAUCUUGAUAAGGGCUGCAUCAGUUGUGUACCAACGACCUCCAGCCUUCAUGGAGCAGAAUCCUAAAUUCAAGCUUCCUCGGGAUUUAACUAUGUAAUAAUGCAUUGAAUUUGACAUUUAAUGUAUUUUUGCCCUUAACAUGUGCUCAUUCUACUAUUCAUCCACAAUUGUAGAUUUCAAGAGUAGGUAGGUAUUUAUAUGUACUAAGAAAGGAAAAGUGUCCAGGCACUUGGAAUUCAAAUUCCUACUUACAGAAUGUCAUCAGUAAGUUUCAUUGGUUUACUCCAAAAGAUGUACUAUCAAGAAUCUUAGAAUUUAGAAUAAACCAUUGAUUUCAUUUUUAAAGUAUUA